UUAUUAAUUAUUCAGCUUUAUUAGCUCCACGACUCGAACAAAAGAAAAUCCCCAAAAAGAUCCGAUGUGGUUUCUUUUAAUUUCAAUAUUCAUUUGUUGCAGUAUUUUAAAGUAUUUCCAAAAAUUAAAUUAUUGGCGUAGCCAUGGUGUGAAAAAUAUAAGUUUCAUACGCCUAAUAUCCAAUGUCCUCAAACGGCAAAUGGGUGUGGCAUUGGGGGAUAUUUAUCAACAACUUUAUGAAGAAAAAGAACCAUUUAAAGUUGCCUUAUCCCCUUUUCUUACUGUUCUAAUUCUACAGGAUAUGGAGUCAAUAAAGGAUGUGAUGAUCAAACAAUUUGAGAAUUUCCCUGAACGAGGAUUCUACACCAACCAUCGAGAUCCAUUGAAUACAAAUCUAAUACGCCUGGAAUAUGAAUGGUGGCGGCCAUUGAGGCAAAAAUUAACUCCGGUAUUUUCUCCGGCUAAAAUGCAAGCCAUUUUUCCUACGCUGCUCAAGGUGACGGAGCUUUUUGCCAGCAAAGUGAAAACCACAAUGGAAGAGGAGGAAAAUGGAGAGCUGGCCAUUUAUGAUCUGUGUGCCCGUUUCACUACUGAUGUGGUGGGCAGUGUGGCCUUUGGAAUUGAAUUUAAUAGUCUCGAGGAUCCCAACUCCCAGGCCCGACGACAAGGUCUAAAAAUCUUCGAUUAUGUAUGGCAUCCAAUUUUAGAUAGCCUUGCCGGCCAUUAUCGAGCUGUGAAAAAUUUUUUCAAUAUCAAAUUAUUUAAACCCGAAAUAAGUGGAUUUUUCCGGAAAUUGGUAUCAAACAUUAUUGAAUAUCGUCAGAAGAAUGGCAUAAGGCGUGAGGAUUUAAUGGAUACCUUGAUAGAGCUUAAGCAACACGACGAAAGGUCUAAGCAGGAAUUUGCUUUGUCGCUGGAAUUGAUUGUGGGCCAGGUGUUUGGAUUUUUUGGUGCUGGAUUUGAAACCUCUUCGAAUACCUUGACAUAUGUUCUGUAUGAAUUGGCCAGGCAUCCAGAAAUUCAAGAAAAGGCAAGGGAGAAUGUAAAGGAAGUCCUAAAAAACCAUGGAAAUGAAUUUACCUAUGAGAAUAUCCGGGAAAUGCAGUAUUUGAAACAAGUUAUUAACGAAACCCUUCGUCUACAUCCUCCCGCUCCCUACACGGUGCGAGUUUGCCGCCAGCCAUGCAGCUUAACAACCAAAAGAGGUUCACUCAAAAUACCUCUGGGCACCAAAGUUAUGAUACCCAUUUAUGGAAUACAUCAUAAUCCGCAGUAUUAUCCUCAACCACAUCUCUUUCGGCCAGAACGUUUUGACGCCAAUAUGGAGUUGGGCUGCAAAUUUCCGUCCUGUGCCUAUAUGCCCUUUGGUUUGGGUCCAAGAAUUUGUAUUGGUGAGCGUUUGGCUAAAAUGCUCUUGACAUUGUCAUUGGCCAUGCUUUUGCAACGUUAUCGUUUCUCCUGCUGUCCUGCAACGCCCAAGGAAUUGCAUUUCGAUCCCAGGAAAAUGUUGGUGCUGUCGUCGAAAGAGAAAAUUGUUUUGAAGGUGGAAACGGUGUAA